GCGGUGUCGGUUGACUCAGACCCUUCGCAGCCACAUCCGUCCAUUCACGUUCCGGUUCCGACGCUCCCGAUGGUACUUCGGAGUAAAAGCAGCGGUGCUGUCAUGCACUCAAAAGAAGACACCAGCGAGUAUGUCAAAACAAAAUUUAAGCCCGAGGAUCGCCGGGCCAUGAGCCCACGGAGAUCAGGCGAGAAUAUUGAGGCGUUGAUUCGUGAGCUGCGUGCUGAUCUUAGCAGGCAUGCGAAGCUGUUGCGAGAGUCGCUAGAUCUCACUCUUACCCGCAUCGAGACUGUCAAGUCACUACAUGACAAGCUGGAUAAGGGCAACAAGCUCAUGAAAACUUAUAUUGAGGAUUUGGUGAGAGCGACUAAGCCCAUGGCUUCGGGAGGCCACGAGAUCUGA